AUGCAGACCAAAAACUCUACCAUAAAAACCAAACUCAGCCGGUUUUUGAAGGCACCCAUUAGAGUCUUGAUCAAGAUGAGGGACUUCUACAUCCAAAACAUGUCGGAGUGCGCCGGAGGGUUCGGACACGGCAGUGCCAUGGGGUGCCCUACUGCCCAAGUCUCCAUUUUGCCUAAGAGUUUCAGCGUCAACUCUUCAUUAUCAAGCAACAAUGAGGAAAUCAGUGACCUUAUUAAGGCUGCGUCUACUAAGAGUAGUCUUGGGGGCAAGAUUGAAUUGGAUCUUCGACGGAGACAGUUGCCAGUGACCGGAGUGAAUGUGGUGACGCGGUGUCAGAGUGUUGGGAUUGGAAGGAUUGAUGAAGACAGGCCUUGUGAAUUUGGUGAAGAUGUCAAGGUCAAGACUGUUGUUUAUCCAAGAAGCAAAAGCUAUGCUGUUUCGAAGAGAACCGGAGUGUUUUGA